CUGAUUCCGUUAGUUUUUCUCCAUUCGUUCGCUAGCUUUCACAGGGAUUUCAUCAGAUUUUUUAUUUGCGUUUCUGUGUUUGAUCAACAAAAUUUCCUGGUGGCAAUGGUACAUUCCCAAACUAAAGCUCCAACGAGACGGAUAGUCCUAGACCCGCUGCCCUAGUAAGAGUAACCAACUAUAGUAACCGUGGCAGACAUGGUUCUUCUGUAAAAGUUUUUCGAGUUUUGAGUUGUUAUUAAAAGUUCAAAGCAAACAAAGAAGUUUCUCGACGUUUUUCAAAAAUGAGUGCCCCAAUUGUGAUUACCGUACCCACGAAGUACAUCCCGAUUAAUUUGGCCCCGGCUCUGGCACCGCAUCCGGUGGUGAAGCUGGAAUCGUCCGUUUCCAGCUUCGGAUCGGAUACGGAGGAAUCCGCCUCCUCGAUGGAGGAGUUCCUGGUGCGCGGCAAGAAGCGCCGCCUUGACCACCUGACCUGGGAGGAGAAACUUCAGCGAAAGAAGUUGAAGAAUCGAGUAGCGGCGCAAACCUCCCGGGACCGUAAGAAAGCGAAAAUGGAAGAUAUGGAGCUGACCAUCCAGCAUCAAUCGGACCAGAUCGCUCAGCUACAAACCAAAUGUGAAAACUUACAGCAGGAAAAAGAAGCCAUCUACGGCAAGUAUCUUGACCUGGAAAAGCGCUUCGAAGACCUGCAGCGGCAGUUUGAGGAGCAGAAAAAUCAGCAGCAAAACGCAGCCUUCGUAACCACCACCACCCCCUCGAUCAAAACCGAGCCAGAAAAUGACGUAACCUCACGCAGUGUUGGUUGUGUUUCCACUCUAACUGGAUCAGCAGCAUCCGCCUCUUUCCCUCUGCAGCAGGGACCGGAAACACAGACGACAGUGGGUCAGGAACGUACUUCGCUGGAGGUGGCCUCCAGCGACAAGACAGCCUCGCUCUGGAGGAUAAUUGCUCUUUCUGCUCUACAGGACAUGCUCGAAGAAUUCGAUGUGUCCAAGCUCGAAGAGCUCGCCGAAAGCCUGCUGGCCGACGUCACCAGCGAGCUGGAAGAGUCUGAUCGAGGAAGCUGCCCGGCAAAUGCCGAAGAUGCAAGCACCGGCAGCCGAGUGUCUGGACCAGUGGUGGGGACCGCACCAGAACGGCUGGAACCCAGCGAAGAAACUGAUUCGGGAAGCAGUCUAAUUUUGGACACACACAACUACUCCAAGUCACCGUUUCACGUGGAAAGAAAAGAACAGCAGUCCGACAUGGACCAGCAGCAGCAACAGACAACGAUGGUUUUCGGAACAUUCGACAACGAAACCAAUUGCAUCACCAUCAUCCUAAACGAUGACGAACUACCGCUCGAGGAGGAAAUCAUCUGCGAGGAAGCGGCAGAAGUGGAAGUCUCCGAUGAGCAGCAGGAUUUCCGGAUGAAACUAGAACCCGUGCAGGAGCUGCUAUCGCCCAUUCCGAGCACAACGUGUUCGGAUUACUCUUCCCAGUCGGCGGUGGUGCCGCUCGAAGACGAGUUGGCGGUAUUAAAAUGUCCACUAACGCCGGGCUCGUUCGUUUCGGACGGUGGCUACGAAUCGCUCGGAUCACCGACCGGGUCAACGAUCGAUUACAGUAUGAGCACACUGGAUGAGUUCUGGAAUCUAGACCUGUUUCCCAUUUUGAACUAGAAGUGACGGGCAGGUUCAACACAACCCAGUUUUAAGCCCUGUAAAUAUUUACCCUGAGACUGUUCUACUUGUGAGGAUGAUGACGAAAAAGAUGUACAAAGUUGUUAUUAGUUGCUAGUGUCCCGUUUUUACUUUGUAAUUUGCUGUUUAGGUUUAUGUUAGAUUGCUGUAAAUAGUAGAUUUUAUUUAAUUCGUUAGUUUUCGACCACUCUAGACGACACAUGCAUAAGAUUCUCUCUAAUAUUGCAGUAGGUUGAAGCGACAUCGCAGCUGAGCUGCGAUGUGCUGUUUUACCACCCACUUUCACUAUUAGUUUAUGCACAAAUGCUAAGUAAAAUGAUAAUUAUUUGUUAUUUUAUGACCACUAAUUCGGAACUAUUGUCAAAUCAGUGAAAUGGUUUACUUGGAGUGAAAAUACAACAAAAAAUAAUGCAAGAAAAUGUUUUAUUAA